AUGCAACCCCGAACCAUUUCAAACCAAAGUCAGCCAACAAAGGAUGAGGGCCAAAUUAAACGCCUUGACCGGAGCUACGAGCCGGAGCAGGGAAAGUCAUCUACACAUGUCGACGAUAAAACUGACGACGGGCCAGCACCCGACGGUGGUAUGGAGGCCUGGCUUGUAGCGGGUGGUGGUUUCUGCAUUUUCUUCUGCUGCCUAGGCUUUUCCAACUCAUUCGGCGUUUUAGCAGACUACUACAUUCAGAACCAACUCAGAGGGGAGUCGGCUCAGAAAAUAGCCUGGAUCGGCUCCCUCUCUGCCUUUUUGCAGUUCCUCUCCGGCAUGGUUGGAGGACCAUUGUUUGACCAAUUCGGCUCAAAAGUUUAUAAUUCGUCCGCAGCUGUUCUUUACGUCUUCUCCAUGAUGAUGUUGAGUCUGUGUGAGACAUAUUGGCAAUUCAUGCUUUGCCAAGCUGUCCUCAUGGGUUUGCUCAUGGGCCUUUUGCAGUUUCCAUCCAUGGCUGCCGUCUCGCAAUUCUUGGACAAGAAUCGGGCAGCUGCCAUCGACCUAGCUGUAUCAGGCUCUUCCAUUGGCGGCAUUUGCAUCCCCAUGGCCUUGUCCAAAAUGCUGAAUGGCACAAGGCUGGGUUUCGGAUGGAGUAUUCGGGUCAUUGGCUUCCUAAUCAUGCCCCAAUUAGCUUUCUCCAUCUUCACCGUCAAGGCUCGACUCCCACCGCGGACAAGAUCUUUCUGGCUCCCGGAAGCUUUCAAAGAUGUAAGGCUAAUGGUCUUGACCGCAUCCAUGUUCUUUGUCUUUAUGGGAAUGUUCUUGCCCCUGUUCUUCAUACCAACGUACGCCACAAUCAGAGGCAUGGACGCAACACUGGCUGGCUAUAUCUCUGCAAUACUCAACGCCUCUUCAACAUUUGGCCGUAUCAUUCCGGGGGUCAUGGCAGACAGAGUUGGCAAAUUGAACGUGUAUUCCGUCGGGGUCAUAGCCACCAGCAUCGUCAUCUUUUGCAUGAACGAGGCAAAAUCCAACGCAGCCCUGAUUAUAUACUCAAUCGUCUUCGGCUUCGCUUCGGGCACUAUCAUCUCCGGGGCUUCUGUUGCCUUCACCGUCUGUUGUCCAGAUGUUCGGGACGUGGGCACCCACUCGGGGAUGGGCAUGGCUAUUGGUGCUCUUGGAGGACUCAUCGGUCCCCUCUGGAUGGCGUCAUGA